AUGCUGUUAUUCUCAGUCCUUGUGGCUGAAUGUUCGCCGGUGAAGCCGAAGAGAUCAGCUCUGAACCAGCUGACCAGAACUCUGCUGAGGAAAUACGACUGUGGGGUUCGACCCGUUCACAACUGGACCAGUCCCACCACCAUCCACAUCGACUUCAUACUGCAGUCUGUCCUCGAUGUGGAUGGAAAGACUCAGAGCAUUACUACAAGUAUCUGGUACAGACAGGUGUGGACUGAUGAGUUCCUGGUUUGGGAUCCCGAGGAGUUCGACGGCAUCAAUGAGAUCUCCCUGUCAUCCGACGCCAUCUGGAUACCUGAUGUCAUCAUUAGUGAGCUAGUGAAUGAGGGGAGGUCGGUUGAGAUCCCGUACGUCUACGUGAACUCUUCGGGCUCGGUGAGGAACUACCGGCCCAUGCAGGUGGUGCUGGCCUGCAGCCUGGAGAUGUACGCCUUCCCCUUCGACAAGCAGAACUGCAGCCUCACCUUUCGGAGCUGGCUUCACUCAGUGAAGGAAAUUGACCUGGCUCUGUGGAGGAGUGCAGAGGCCAUCGCUAAUGAUAAGAGGGAGUUCAUGAAUGACGGAGAAUGGGAGCUGCUGUCCAUUCCUUCACACUACUGGCACAUGCACCAAGACGACACCGGCUACGCCCACAUCCAGUUCAAUGUGUUGAUCCGCCGGCGCCCCCUGCUGUACGUGGUGGGUCUCCUCAUCCCCAGCAUCUUCCUCAUGUUGGUGGAUGUGAGCAGCUUCUAUCUGCCUCUGGACAGCGGCACACGCAUCGCCUUUAAGAUCAGCAUCCUGCUCGGCUACACGCUGUUCAGAGUCAACAUGAUGGACGAGUUUCCUGCCACUGCUGUCAGGACGCCUCUCAUAG